AUGCAUUUCAUUAAGACUGUUAUCUCCCUCUUUGCUCUGGCCAGCCUCACCUCUGCCCAGCAUGCCAAUACCAAUGCCGACCUAGAUGCGCGCGAUACUAAAGAAUACCUCAACUACGUUGCAGCCCGCGACAAUUUCAUUGUGGCCCGGGACCUCUACCGCCGUGGUUCCAGUUAUAAAUGUGUGUAUUCCCACAUCUUUAGCUCAUACCAAUGCUCUCUCAAUGGGGUAACCGAAAAGUGCCCCUGCUCAAAGGCCCAGGCGGGCAAGAAGUGCAAGUGCUAG